UUCAAAUUCAGUCACAUAAAGAAACCAACAACUUAGAACACAAAGAAAAAGUUAAAGUACAAAAAAGAGAGCAAGGAUGAAAUUGUCAUUGUUACUGAUUGCAUUUAUAGCCAUUUGUCUAAUUAAUGACAGUGACGCCGGUUUUUUUAGAAGACUCGCCAGGAAAGCUGGUAGAGCAAUAAAGAAAGUGGGCGGAUUCAUUAAGGAAGCGGGCUGCGCUGCUUGUCCACGUGUUUGUAGAAUUGAAGGUAUAUGUAGCGUAGUAUGCAGAAGAGUAUGUAGAGGAAAACGAGCUGCUGUUAUGGCCGAAGAAAACCACGUGACCCCACUAGCCAACCAACUGUCAGCUUAUGAUAUAAAUGAUGAUGGAAUGAUCAGUAGAAAGGAACUUGCUAUGGCGAUUGGUGAAGAUGAAGCCCAUCAUGAUUUCCUUCUAGCUUAUAAAAUCGCUGAUGUCAAUGGUGAUGGAAUCCUCACCCCUAAAGAAUUCUACAAUGGACCAUUUGUUUUUGAAAUGGAUGUCAAUGAUGACGACUUGCAAUACUGUAGAUAUCGGUUGGAUAUCGACGAUGAUUUAGUUGAUAUUGUAGAUGGAAAUGAAAUAGCGCAGGGACAAAGUUUUAUCGCUGGAGAAUCAGUAAAGGAAACGGGAAAACCAGGAAAGGAAACAGGAAAACGACAAAAAAUCACUAAAGUUUUAUAAACUUUCAGAAGCUAUUUAUAAUAAGAAUGAAAGUUUAUUGUAAUAAAUCAACAUAAACAAUGUGGCCAUAUAUGGAAGGCAGCAACUCAGCCCUGGUGGCCUAUUAUAAUAUAUAUGUGAUAUUUUCUUUUCAUAUCUAAUAAACUGUUUCGUAAAAUUAUACAUGAAUAUUGUGUUAUACUGGUCUGCUUGAAUGAAGGCAAUAAACUAAUUGUUUUGUAAAUGUAUACUUGAA